UCUAUUGAAAUGGUUUGACAGGGUAAAUGCUCUAGGACUUUUGGACUUUCACAUCAUUGAACAGAUUCAGAGUCUAGUACCUGUGUAUUGCCCAUUCACGAUGGACGACUUUGAACACAGUGUGCACAUCUCCAACCAAGACUGGGACUGUUUUUUUCAGGAGUGUGAGGACUGUGACCUACUCUCUCCAUUGCUUGCCAGCCGAGAGGACUCUGGUAUGAGUGACAUUGAUGAGACAGGCAGCUUCUUUCUAAACAGGACCCCGGCCGUGGGCACAGCAUCCACAGACCCUGAUCCAGACCUUCAGAUUGAUGGCCCGCCAGACUGUGAGGGUUCACCUGUCUGUAAUUACCUCAGCAAGUACGGAAUACGUAGUCCAGAGCAGGUUCUCUCUGGCAGUGAGGAAGACUUGCACCUUCAGACUGUCAAUCUCUUCUUGGAGCAAUUAAAAAGUGUCACAGAAAAUCAACAGCCCUUGGAACAAAGCCACAUUCUCAUUUGUGGAAGUGAGAAGACAGGCCGUCUGGAGGGUUUGUUUGAUAAGCAGGAUAUUCUGUAUAUAGACCUUGGUUCAUCUGGCCAAAAUGAGGCCAGUCUUAGAAGAGAAAUCACUAAAAAGGGUGUUGCUGAUACCUGGGGUGAUAUAGCCUCAGAAAAAGCUUUAGAGAUCACAUCCACUAAUGCGCAAGAAGAUGCAUCAAAGUCUGACACAGAGCUAGUCAUUGGUGGGAAGCCAUUGACAACACCCCUGAUUACAGUAAGAAUGAAACAAGGACAACAGGGAAGACGUAGCAGUCUCAGCAAAGAUCCAGAGCUAACUACUGAAACAAAGCCACCUGAAAAAGUGAAAAUGGUAGUGGUUAAUAGAAAAGACAUGACUGACCCAUAUCCAGCGAGACAAAAAGUUGCUCAAGUGGAUUCUAUAAGUAGUUCUGACUUGAAAGAUUCACCAGUCGGUCAGAUCCCAGUGUCACCUUCCAAUCUCAGGAGAAAGAGGAGGAGGAAGAAGAGAUUGAGUAUCGAACCAUUGGAGCAAGGACAUGAUGCUCAGAUCCAUUACCGUCAAAGUGAAUCAGAGGAAGAUAGAUUCAUUCAGUGGGAAGAGAUAAACAACCUUCCUGCAAAUGUCUGGAAGACAGACCACAUAUCACUUCAGAGAAUUAAAACACCUUCGAUUGUGCAUAAUACCUAUCAUUUACAGCUUAAAAACACAUCUGAUUUGGAGGCUUCAGCUGAUUUUAUGUUUUCAAAAAGCUUGCCAGUAUCUUUUGCCAGUGAUUUAGGCACCAUACUUCCAAAGUCUGAAAUUCAACACAACACAAGCUUUAAUACUGAACGCAUGCAUAAUACGUCCCUUGAAAACAAUGGACAAUUGAAAGCAAAGAUUUGUGAGCUGUCUUUAUUUUCCCAGGUAGAUAAAGUUCUAAAUGUAAAAGAUAGUGGAUUAAAUAUAACCGAAUCCCUUCAGCUUGAUCCUGCCGUACACUUAAAAGAGACCAUAUCAAGUGAUAAUUCUGAUGCAGGAUGUCAGAGGAAAUCCUUAUCAUCUCCUAGCCUUUCCAGUGUUAUUAAUUCAACAGAGCCUCCUUCCUUUACAGUCUCUUUUAAAUUGAUGGAAGACAAAGAUUUAUCCUGUGUAGGAAAUGAGAAUGACUGUUCUCCAUUAAAAAAUGAACAAACAAUUCCACGCAGUAGUAAUAUUGUGGAGAUUUCAGCCACCAAAGAAAGCAGCUUGUUUUUAACGGACAACAUUGAAAGACUAGGACCUGGUUCAGAUGGAAACGGACCAGAAUCCUUUACUUGUUCACAGGAUGUUUCUCAAAAACAGAAAGCAUGUAUUCACAAGAACAUUUUGGAAUUUCAAAGCCAUUCAGGCUCUCAAACCAUUGAAAUAAACACUGUAAACAAGACAGAUGCAAAGACUGAGAAUCGUUUGUCUGAUAAUAUUACUCAUGGAACAAAUGAUUGUCAUAUCCAAAGCAGAAAUAAGACUAGUGAGAUAUCAAUUAUGAAUGCCUCACCCAUAAACCCAAGGAAUUUGGUUGAAUCAGAUGACAAGAGAGACAAUAGUGAUAAUGAAGUUGCUGUUUCAGAGAGGAAUAAUAGUGAACAGUUAUUUUGUGGCAAGUUCGUCAAAUCUAGUGAACACAUACAUGGUCCUAUGGAAGAAAUGCUAAGUGAAAAUCCUUCUCGAGAAGUUGUAGAGUUACCUCAAAAUAUGUUAGCUGAAAGUAACCCUUCUUCCGGUGAGUUAAAAAGUGGAACCAAAGACCUAGAGAGUGCUUCUCUUGAUGUUUCACAUCAACUUCCAUGUCCUUUGUCUGCUAUCUCCUCCUUUUGGAAUGAAAUGGAGAAAUUAACCAUCAAUGACGUAUUGGGUCUGCGGUUGAUCAGUAACGCCCAUCACCCCAGCACUUUGAACCAGGCAGAGGAUGGUAGCAUACUGGACAUUACAGACGCUGCAGACUCAGGCUACUUUACCCAACUUAAUGAGCUUGACCGCUUAACUGGAGACAUGUCCUACAUAUCUGAUCUGGAUGAAGACCCUGCACAACUUCAAACCCCAUUUCCUUCCAAGCAAGAGGAUGAAUCAAUUGAGUUUCCUAGCUCUUGUGGGGUGAUGUGGGAGAAUGAUCCAGAUACAGUGGUUGUGGAUGACGGAAGUGCUGAAACAACUCUUCCUCAACAUCCCUACAUGGCUAAUGCUCAACACUGCUUCAGAAGAACGUGUAAGAACAUGUCUGUGCAGAACCUGCAAAUUCUAGACACUCAACCAAUCAGGCAAAUCCUGAGGAAUGCCUCAAUGCAUUCAAUCCAUGCAGAGGUAGAAGAUGAUUUUAUGGAUCCUUUCUACCAUGUGAACACUUCAGGUUCAAAGAUCUUUUCUGAUGACGAAGAAGAAAUAGAGAGCAGUGGUAUAACUUUUUCAGAAAUAAUUCAGUAUUUCUUCGGUGAGGAUGAACCUGAAAAAUGUGCACCUCGUGCAGACAACAUAGCUGCUUCAUACCUUGAUGAAACAGGCACCUCUUUGCCUGAGACGUAUGACCAUUUCUUCUCCGAGUUUGAUGCUGGGAGUUUUGUUUUUCCAAUUGUGGAAGAGUCAGGUGGUGAUAAAUUGGUUCCCAUAUUUUCCUGCUCCUGCUCAGCUAACACAAUCCUUCAUUUCCCAGAGGCAUAUGACUAUUUCUUCCCCGAUUCCCCUGGGAAUUCAGAUGAAGAGGAUGACAGUGACAAUGCAGCAAUCAAGGUAGUGACACGGAAUGACUAUAAGCCUCCCAACCAUGAUCCUGUUGACAUGUACGAGCACUUCUUUUCUGAAGAUGAGAGCGACUUCCUCUGGACAAACCCUCUGUCACUUAGAAAGGUUCGUCGCACAGGUUUUACCAUGCCUGAAGAGAAGACAUGUUCUGGGGAGCUUGUCCCUGUGGAGACAUUUCCCAAAGGAAUUAGUCAACCUAUUAAUGCUAUGAACCCUGAUGGGAGCCCUUUCCCAGAUACUUUGCUUCUCAACCUGGAGAACUGCGUCUUCCAGCAGCUGGCUGAACAACAGAAGAAGUGUAUGGAGAUGCAGACAGUUGUUGCUGAUCCAAGGUUGGAUGCUCCAUUCUUGCCUCUUAAACAGGCAGACAUGUGCUUGGUUUGUAUUGCUUUUGCCUCGUGGGUGCUGAAAACAACUGGUUCAGGAGCAGACACCUGGAAAGCUGCUCUUCUCGCAAACGUCAGUGCACUCUCUGCCAUACGAUAUCUGCGCAGACACAAGAGGGAGGAGGUCUCUGGAAAAACUCCUUUGCGUCAGAUAGAGCCAGCAUAACUCAAUAGCACCGCCACAGCCCCCCGAUCUGAUUUCAGUCACACUGCCAUGAUACUAAUCCAAAAGGUUAGAUGGUGAAUGUCAAACAUGUGCAUGCAUGACUUUUUCCAUCUUUCUCAGUACAUAUUAUUAUGAUUAACACUCUGGUGUGUGUUUAUUGCUGAUGAACCAGAUUUAAAAAAGCAAUGUAGUUUGAUUAUGAAAUGACCAAAGCUCUUUAUCUGAUUCUGAGAUGAGUGGAUUCACUGUUCACAGCGAAUUCUGUUGUGCAUUGUGAUGAGGGCAGCAGUAUGUUGAUUAAUAUUUGAUAAUGAGAUGAGUAUGGAGGUGUUAUGAUGAAGAUAGACAUGCGUGUCUCAAUAAGUGUACCUGUGGAGAGAUUCAAACGGAAGAACUAAUGACUAUGUACAAAUAGGCGGUUUGUUGUGAUAUUAUUGGGAUAUUUUUGCUGGGCCAAAUUAUUUUGGUGUAUUUAUAGAUCAUCUAUAAAUGAUUUUACAAGUGUAAAAUCAGAUACCCAUGUGAUGAUGCCACUUCGGAUCUGAAAACAGUGUUUGAUUUCUUCAAAAUCCAGUCAUAUGGUGAUCCCAGUUUAAAAUAUAAUUUAGGAUUAAAUAUAUCUGAUUUAAUUUAAUUAAAAUGAGGGAACUGGUGUUUUAUUUUUCAAUAUACCUGUAUGUCAAUAGUAAUGCUUAUUUUGGCCACUAGAGGGGACUAACAGUCAAUUGUAUUAUGAUUGUGCCAGUCUACGGUAAGAAACCUUAACCACAGAGACAUGUAACGAGUUUUUCUAAAUGUUACCAGCAGAUGGCAACAGAAGACAGCGGUUAAAGUCACAGUAAAGAAGGAGCGGGAAGAUCCCUGAAAUUCAUAAUUCAAAUGCAUAAUUUCCAACACAUUGUUGAAUGUUCCCUUUCCCAACGUUUGUAUGGCAUGUGUCACCGAUCAGCUGUACUAAAUUUAAUGUAGGGUAAGAUGACCCAACUUUUUCUCUUGACCAUAGAUGGCAAAAAAAAUAUAUAAUCUCAGCACUAAUGAAUGACUAUGAUAUUUUUCUAAUUUUGUGUCUUUGGAAAAUAG